AUGGAAAACGUUGAAGUUGAUUCUGAAAAGCGAAGUCAUAAGAGCUAUGAUGCUAUUCAAGUUGAUAACUAUGUUGUCAUACGUCUUCCAUCGGAAGGUAUGAAAAUAGUUGAAUUGAGGAAAGAUGGGGUUAUAAGCUUGGGAAAGUUUGGAACAUUUGAAGUAAAUGGUGUCUUGGGUUUUCCAUUUGGCCAAUCUUUCGAAAUUCUUGAUGAUAACAAAGUUAGUCCUAUCAAGAGUUUAUCAGAAGAUAUAUCGAAAGAACUCAAUGAUAAUACAAUUACCAAAGAUGAUCUAACAAAAAUCUUCAGUAGUGCAGAGAGUAACCAGAACAUAAUUGACGUAGGAUCAAAGAUCCAAAAGCUCACCACAGAGGAUAUUGACAACCUCAAAAAGUCAGGCGCAUCCUCUAAAGUCGGUCAACUGAUAAUAGAGCAAAUAAUUGCUGGUCAUGGUAGCUUCGAUAAAAAAACAAUCUAUUCUCAACAAAAAUAUAUAAAAAGAAAGCAGCAGAAGUUCUCAAGGAAAUUUACAAUAGAAUAUCUCGGAGCUUCACAGUUAUUGCAGUAUUACAUUGAAAAAGACCUAACCAGGGUGCUCGAUAUGAGCGAGGAGACUUUGGGCUUGCUCUUGACCUAUGCAAAUGUUAGACCGGGAGGUAAAUAUCUUCUUAUAGAUGAGACUGGAGGAGUCAUUCUCUAUUCAAUGAUGGAAAGAAUGAAAUGCGAAGGGACUAUAGUCUGCAUCCAUGAAAAUGAGCACCCAAAUCAUGUGGCUUUGAAGUAUUCUAAUUACCCAAGCGAGGAUCAAGAGAGACUUAUAAAAACUAUAAAUUGGUUACAAUUCCUAGAACCACAAAAUGAGAAAAUUGACUGGAAGGAAGCCUCCGAAGAGGAAUUGUCAGAGAUGAAAUCAUCCAAAAAAGCACAGUAUUAUCGUAGAGCAAAGCGGGCUAAUGAAAUAAAUGACGUAAUUGAUAUGGUAGUUGAAGGCAAUUUUGACGCUUUAAUAUGUGUGAGCACUUUGUACUUGCCAACUUUAAUUCCCAAAACACUUAAGGCAGUAGGUGGAUCUAGACCAGUUGUCAUCUACAGUCAAUUUAAAGAGAUACUACUCGAAGCGCAGCAUUCUUUCGAGAGUGAAAAAAAGAUCCUUGCACCCUCUAUAUUCGAAACUAGAGUUAGACCGUAUCAGACUAUCAUUGGAAGAAUGCAUCCUGUAAUGUCUCAAAAAGGUUAUGGUGGCUACGUAUUAUCUGGAACAAGAGUAUAUCCAAAAAAUUGUGGCGUAACAGCUGUUGGUAGAGGUUCAGGGAAGAGAAAAGAUAAAACUCUUGUCAAAGACGAAUGA